AUGUCAAAGGCCAUCAAUUCGCCCACGGGCAGGCUGCUGCGCAACUCGCGCCUCUUUUCCCUACCGCCACCUCUGCCAGCUGCCCCCAUCGCCAGUUCGACGGCAGGCCAGAUUCUUCGCACUUCCGACACGGCGACACAGCCGUAUCCCACCCACCAGGCCAUCUCCUCCCCUGCCUCGUCACGAUCACGCGGUGACUGGGGUCUGAAGCGUCCUCUUCCCGGCAGAGCCAUUCCCAAGAACACGCCACACCUCCGUAUCAAGGCCAUCGACACUCUCGAGCACAUCACCGACUUCGAAUCCGCCGCCGACCACACCCAAUCGCUUGCAAAAUGGCAGGAAAUGGAUAUUGCAAUCACCCUGCCGCCGAAUGCUCGCAGCGGAAUUGCCAACAACUCUCACAAGCUCCGUCCUAGCGCCUUCAACGCAAACUACGACAACACCACUCUGCGUCCACACGGUUUCGAACAGACCAGACUCACCGCCCAACGUGCUCUGGAGGAGAGAGAACGCCUGUCUGCCGACCCCAACGUCGAUCAAUCCACCCUGCUCACGAGAUGGAAGACCCAAGGUCCUCACCUCACCACCAUGACCGAGGAAGAAUUCGAGCGCUACCUGUUGAACCGUGUCCGCGAGAACAAGGUCGAGUUCCGCAAUUUCCUCGAGAAGGUCAAGAUCGAGAAGAAGCGCCAGAGAGAGCAGACUUUGAUGCGCGACCACUCGGAUCCCGCCACCUUCGAGAUUGAGCUGCAAUACCGAAGUCGUCUUGACAAGUACGAGUUGGACGACUGGAUCAAGGAGUUGCGCGACAACCACGACUCGCUGAACAGUGAACUCGCCCAUCUCGUCCGCGACUUCUUCGAUCUGCCCGCCUUCCCCAUGCCUAAGCAGGCCGGCCAGCAGUCGACUAGUAACCUUGCCAACGAGUUGACCAGGGCAAAGAACGAUGCUGGUCCUCCCUCCACUCACCCUUCGGCCGGUUUGUACUAUUCCAUGACCACCGCCAGCAUCAACAACCACCCCAUCUACGGUCCUCAGGCCGACCGCGAACCCGUUCAAGCUCGUGUUCUGCGAACAAAGGCUGGCAACAGAGGUAGAGACCAAAAGGCCGACGUUGGUAUGGGUGGUUUCGUCUCGAGCAUCACACCAGGCAACGUUCCUUCGGCAAGGACCGCCUUCAAGGAUACAAGGCCCAGAAACGGCCCCAAGAACCCGCUGGCCGACCUCGACCUCUCGCUUACCGGCGGCAACAAGGUCUGGUUACAGCCUAGAUCUGCCUAUGUGGAUGAGGCCGGUCGUAUCAGGCUCGAUGUUGCCGAAGCAAGCCCGCAGUCUGUGGAUAUCAAGCUGGGCAACCCCGUCAAGGAGGAACAGGAGUCUUUCCCUGUAAUGUCUGGCAGACAGAACCAGCGCCUUGACUCUGGCUUCGUCAAUGCUAGAUAUGGCACCGCUCUGCCGGAUGAGAGAUUGCGUCAACCGCGCGCCGCGCCUUUUGAGAGCGAGGGUGUUGACAGCAAGUCUGGCCUCGAGCAGAUUGAGGCUUUGGCUAGGGGUCAGCGAAAGUGAUGUUGAGAAGCUGAGC